AUGGCAUAUCGAGAAGAAAACGGCCGACGUUAUCAUGCCCUUAGUAGCGGCAACCUCCAGCACGAGCUCUACGUCCGCACCUUACACGGGGAGCUCGCACUCUGUCCAAAAGCUAGAGACGCGAAACGAGUUCUAGAUAUAGGCACUGGCACUGGAUCAUGGGCCAUUGACUAUGGCAAGUGCUGUUUUGAAGCUGGCCAGAAUCUCGGACGCCCCGUAUUCCCCACCACCGAGUACAAGAACUACCUCGCAGCCGCCGGCUUUGAGGAGUUGGGUAACUGGACGCGUGCCAAUAUUGCUGGUGGACUUGACGGUCUUUCUCUCGCCUACUUCACACGCGGCCUGGGUUGGACGCCUGAGGAGACACGUGUGUUUUGUGCACAUACCAGGAAGGACAUGGAGAAUCCUAAGAUAUAUGCUUACUGGCCGAUCGGCAGCUUUACUGAUGAUGCCUCUUGUGUCAGAUAUUUUGUCUAUGGGAGGAAGCCCUUGACUGCCGAGUGA